CCUCACCUCACAGCUUAUCUUUUCAGCACGAAUUUCUCUCUCUUCAGACCCUAGUGUUUUCUCUCCGCCAAAAGAUUAUUCUCUCUCUAGAAUUUUCGCCCAAUCCAGAGAUGGAGAUGGAGCGCGUGACCGAGCUGACGAUGGAUCGGCGGCCGAGGAAAAGGCCGCGCUUGGGAUGGGAUGUUCUUCCUCAAGCUCCCAAGGCUCAGCUAGGAUUGUUUUCUGGACAAGAGAUUGGGAAUCUGACAAGCUAUGCACCUUCAAGGGCCCUCUCGGACCAUCCUAGUUCUCUGUUUGUUAAGGGCUUGGCUCGAAAUGGUUCUCCCCCAUGGCGAGAAGAUGACAAAGAUGGGCAUUAUAUGUUUGAGAUCGGAGAAAAUUUAACUUCUCGCUACAAGAUUCACAGCAAGAUGGGUGAAGGCACAUUUGGCCAGGUUUUAGAGUGCUGGGACAGGGAAAGAGCCGUCAAAAUUGUUCGCGGUAUUAAGAAGUAUCGCGAAGCAGCAAUGAUUGAGGUAGAUGUGCUCCAACAACUUGGUAGACAUGACAAAGGUGGCAAUCGUUGUGUUCAAAUACGGAACUGGUUUGACUAUCGUAACCAUAUCUGUAUUGUCUUUGAGAAGCUUGGACCAAGCUUAUACGAUUUCCUACGCAAAAACAAUUAUCGCUCAUUUCCCAUUGAUCUUGUCCGUGAGAUUGGCAGACAACUGUUGGAAUGUGUAGCAUUUAUGCAUGAUUUGCAUCUCAUCCACACGGACUUGAAGCCUGAAAAUAUUCUUCUCGUCUCGUCGGAAUACCUAAAAGUUCCCGACUACAAGGUUUCGGCGAAGUCACCCAAGGAUAGUUCAUAUUACAAGAGAAUUCCAAAGUCUAGCGCUAUCAAGGUAAUUGAUUUUGGUAGCACAACCUAUGACAGGCAGGACCAGUCAUAUAUUGUGUCAACGCGACAUUAUCGAGCUCCAGAAGUCAUACUAGGACUUGGAUGGAGUUACCCUUGUGAUAUUUGGAGUGUCGGCUGUAUCUUGGUGGAGCUUUGCUCGGGUGAAGCAUUAUUCCAAACACAUGAGAAUUUGGAGCACCUUGCCAUGAUGGAAAAAGUUCUUGGACCCUUGCCCCAACACAUGUUGAAGAAAGCAGACCGACAUGCUGAGAAGUAUGUUAGAAGGGGCAGGUUAGACUGGCCCGAGGGAGCAACAUCUAGAGACAGCAUUAAAGCUGUAUUGAAGUUGCCCAGACUCCAGAAUCUCAUCAUGCAACAUGUAGAUCACUCUGCAGGAGACCUCAUCCAUUUAUUACAAGGGCUUUUGAGAUACGACCCUGCAGAGAGGUUGUCAGCUAAGGAAGCCCUAAGACACCCCUUCUUCACAAGGGACCAUCUGAGGAGAUUAUGAAGAGUUAUUGGAUAAUCAGCUACUGCACCGAUGCCGGGGAAGAUCAUGCAAUGCAAAUCUCAUGAAAUUAUGGGAUUUUUCAAUUUGGCUAUUCAGAUUGGGGCCAGGGCACCAUAACCCAAGAUGGUGUUGGUUUAAUGAAGGUGGCCAAAUGGUCGCCCUCUUCCAUGGACUUUGGAUGUAAAUAGUAGUUCCACAUUGUAUGGAGAGAGAGCCACACUUCAAUUUUUUCCAUAACUCCCUUGUGUCGUCUUGUAUUUGUGUUUUUUGCAUUAUUUGUGCGUGCUGCUAACAUUUUGCAGCGUUGUACAAGCAACUGCGCAAUCUAUAUAGGAUUAUAGCUUUUUAAUCAGUUACAAAUUCUUGGGUGAGCACAUUGUUCCUACUUGCUUCUUGUUUGACAUUACGGAAGGUGGAAGUUUUGGCAAAGCAUACCCUGUACUUUAGUUAGUUCAUUAAAAUCUAAAAAUAUGUAUAUUGAAUGAUUUA